UACAACAGAAAAGAAGAUAAAACAAACAAUAAUGGCACAAUUGCAACCUGAGAGAGUUGCUGAAGAAUGUAUUCAAGAAAGUAAAACACAUUUUGAGGCUAAGGAUGUUAAGAAAACAAGUAGUAAUAGUAAUAGUAAUAAGGAGGAUAGUGCCUCUUUCAAAUUCAAUGUCCAAGCCCCUGAAUUUGUACCAAGAUCUCAUGCUACUACUACUAUUACUGCUACUACUACAACCCCAAUUUCAAGUUACUUUUACCCAUAUUUCCAGUAUCUUUCUGGGGGUAAUGCUACUUCUGAUUGGUUAUAUGUGGGCGAUCAAGACACUCUUUCCUAUAUUCCAAAUCAAAAUUUCUCUGCUAUGCUUCAAAAAGAUGUCCUUCCAGAAGAUGUCAAGAACAAGAUCAUUAAACAGGUUGAAUACCAACUUAGCGACAUGAGCUUGCUGGCAAAUGAGAACCUAUUGAGACAGAUGAAUAAGGACCUUGAAGGCUUUGUCCCAAUUUCCUCUGUUUCGGCUACAAAGAAAAUCAAGUCUCUCAUCACCAACCAACAGACACUUGCUCAUGCCCUCCUGUCCUCUACAAAGCUGGUUGUAAGCAAUGAUGGCAAGAAGGUUAAAAGAAGAAUUCCAUUUACUGACAAGGAUAAAGAGGAUUUGCAGUUACGCACAGUUGUUGCGGAGAAUUUACCAGAUGAUCACUCUCAUCACAACAUUGAGAAAAUAUUCAAGGUAGCUGGAAGUGUCAAAACCAUCCGCGUAUGCCAUCCCCAGGAUCCAAACUUGUCGCGUGCUAGAGGAGACAUUGGCAUUAGCAACAAGCUCCAUGCACUGAUUGAGUUUGAGAAUCCUGAAGCAGCUGAGAGAGCAGUCGAGAAGUUAAAUGAUGAAAGGAACUGGAGAAAAGGCCUACGAGUGAGAUUGCUCCUCAGACGUUCACCAAAGUCUGUUCUAAAGAGCAGGAAAUCGGAAUUUGAUUGUUUUGAUGAUGAAGAUGGACUGCCCUCUGAAGACUCUGAUAGCAAUAAUGUUGAAGAUGGAGUAGGAUCAGCCAAGAAAUCAUGGAACAAAGGGCGUGGGAAAUUAAGAAUGCGUCCUCAAAUUCAUGGUGGUCGGGGCCUACUUGCCGCACUUCCACAAUGCAGCAGCGGGUCGAGCCUAAGUGAAGGACCAGUGAGACAGGUUACAAAAGGGCCAAGAAUGCCCGAUGGAACGAGAGGUUUCACCAUGGGAAGAGGGAAGCCUCUCAGAACUACUGUUAUAUCCGGAGUACAUGUUGCCUAAUGGGAACGUUGAUCAAUUUUCCCCUUUGGUUACUAUGGAAAUAGUCACCAAAAAUAGAUUUUGGAUUUCAGAGUUUUUGAGAAUCAAGAAAAUAAUGUUACGUUCUACUUUUGUGCACUGUUUUUGAGCAUUGAUUCAUUCAUUUAUUCAACAAAAUGUAUAGCAGUAUAUAGGUCCUUAAAAGGCUUGCUUGAGAAUGAGACUAUUGUUUUUUUUUUUUUUUUUAACCUGGAAUCCGCCUCUUUCAUGGGCUAUUAUAGUACAUCCAAGAUUUGAUUCAUCUUAUUUUUGCAUUAUUAUCAGAUUGAUCUACCAUUUAUAUUCUUUUGUUUCCCGUGAGUUCAAUAGAAGAGAUAAUUGUUGG